CCGGGCUGCGGUGUACGUUGUGGAAAGAAAACAAUUUCUGACGUGUCGAAUUGUCUUCAUCAGUAUUCAACAAUAUUUUCCAACUAAAUCAAGAAAACUUAGUUAAUAAAUUUUAAUUUCUAUUUGAAUAUAAAGUUUAACGCUUGAAAAUGGCUCCUAAAGAUCCUACCAACCCGAAAGACGAAGAAAAGCCUCUGAAAAUCAACAAAUGGGAUGGUUCUGCAGUGAAGAAUGCUUUGGAUGAUGCUGUCAAAGAAGUAUUAACUACAAAGUUCAAUUAUAAUGAAUCUUUUCGCCUCAUGGAUGGCAGACUUGUUAUCUGUGGUAUUGCUGUUGGUGUUGCUGGAUUUGCAUUGAUCUGGGAUUACUUGUACCCAUUCCCACUGUCAAAACCUAUUUUGAUUUUCUGUGUCACAUCAUACUUUAUUAUGAUGGGAAUUUUAACAUUGUACACUACUUAUCUGGAGAAAGGGAUUUUUGCUGUUGCUAUCCAGAAAACAGACACAAAAAGGAAUGUUUGGGAAGCUAGCUCAUAUUUGAAAAAAUACGAUGACAUGUACACACUAACGUUAGCAUUGAUAUCAAAAUCAUCAAAGAUUCGCCUGGAAAAAAGCAUCACCAAGUCAGUGGCAGCAUUUAUCGACACAGAGGGCGGAAUCGUUGACGAGAUCGUCGAAUCCACAGUGAAGAAGAUGCACGACGCCCUCGUGAACGAGUGUAAUUCAAAGGGGAAGAAUACGAAGAGCGAUUAGCUCCCCUCGUUUUUAUAAGCUCAUAAUUACGAAAUAAUAAACAUAUACCUAUAACCCAACACAAA